AUGGCAGCUACUCCAGACGCCCCCUGCCUGUCGGAGCUCGGCGGUCUCCCCAACAGGAACAUCAGCCUCGUCUCCGGGUCCCGCCCCUGCAACCGGAGCACCGCCAGGACCUCACCUUACACCCCGCAAGCCACCGCAGCUUUUGCCAUCGCAAUCACCUUCAUGAUGAUCCUCACCAUCGUUGGGAACAUCCUGGUCAUCAUCGCCGUCCUUACGUCCCGAUCCCUGAGGGGGGCUCAGAACCUCUUCCUGGUGUCGCUGGCUGCAGCAGAUAUUUUAGUGGCCACCCUUAUUAUCCCCUUCUCGUUGGCCAACGAGCUGCAGGGCUACUGGGCGUUCAGCUCCAUUUGGUGUGAGAUCUACCUGGCGCUGGAUGUUCUCUUCUGCACCUCCUCCAUUGUGCACCUGUGCGCUAUCGCACUGGAUCGCUACCUGUCAAUCUCUCGGCCCGUGUCCUACGGCGCCAAACGUACUCCAACACGAAUCAAGGCGGCCAUUAUCGUAGUCUGGCUGAUCUCUGCUGUCAUCUCUUUCCCUCCUCUUCUCACGCUGGACAAGAGCGAGGGAGGUGAAGAGGUGUGUGAGCUAAACAACGAACGCUGGUAUAUUCUCUACUCCACCAUUGGCUCUUUCUUCGCCCCCUGUGUGAUAAUGAUCCUGGUGUAUGUGAGGAUUUAUCAGAUCGCUAAGCAGCAUACACGCUGCCCGCCUGGACAGAAACAUAAAGCAGCAGCAGGAGGAAAUGCCAAUGUGGGAACUAAUGAGCCUCCGGCGAAGUUAUCCGAGCAGUCACAACAGAACGGGGAUCAAGUAGGUACGCCGGCCAGCCAACAAGAAAAAGUCCUGACCAAAAUGUCUGGCUCUGAUUCCACCCCGUCAUCACUUCAAAAACUGCCUGAGAAAACCACAAGCCAGGACACUCAGCACCACCCUGCUAAUUCCAGUGCAGCUCCGAUCCAAAAAUCCACCUCCUCCCCCUCAAUUCCCCAACGUGACAGCCAAAUCCUCUCAGCUGUUCCUAACAAAGAGUCCCAGACGCAUCCUGACAAAGGGGGGGAAGCGCAACACGACAACUCGUCCAGCUCUGGCUCUGAAAUGGACGAGGAUGGCGUUCACAGCAAACACGAGACGAACAAGACUGGCGAGCAAACUUUGGGAUCAUCCCAAAAUAAAGGGUUCAAAGUUCAGAUGCUGAACCUGGCGUGCAGAUACAAAAACACGGUGGCCACAGUAUCUGGCACCAAACUGGUACCUGAGGAGACACCUAAGACUCAGGGGACGCCCACAUCCCGCCGCAAAGCCAUGGUGAACAGGGAGAAGAGGUUCACCUUCGUGUUGGCUGUCGUGAUGGGAGUGUUUGUGAUCUGCUGGUUCCCCUUCUUCUUCUCUUACUCUCUUCAGGCGGUGUGCCCCGAGACUUGCAGCAUCCCAAACCCCUUAUUUAAGUUCUUCUUUUGGAUUGGCUACUGCAACUCCUGCCUCAACCCGGUCAUUUACACCAUCUUCAACAACGAUUUCAGGAAGGCCUUCAAGAGGAUACUGUGCAGGGACACAAAGGGUACGUUCUUCUAG